AUGGCCUCCGCAGCUAUUGUACUACAUCAGAUUUCAUCGAUGUUCCAAACAUCGAUGAUUGCAAAUAAUCCCGAAAUAUCAAACACAAUUUCCCAACUUAAAUCAUCAUCAGCUAUAAAUAAUGCGAAAAUUCGUCGAAAACAGAGAAGAAUGUCGAAAAUAUGCAAGACAAAUAAACGAACGAAACACAACAUAUCACGACUUCUCAACCAUGCCAAAUCCCGAAGUUUCACAAGUGAUUUCGAAUUUCUUACAGGACCCAUCAAUGUUCAGGAUCCAUUUCUAUGGAUACUAUUAUCCGGUCGAGUGAUGAACCAUUCAUUUUGGAACUUAUUCGAGAAAAGUGAUGAGGAUGAACGAAGACAAUUACUAAUCGACGAGCGAAGUAGAUUAAAACUGGAUGAUAAAGCCAAACCGAAACGAUUUGUGAUCAAUCGAUUAAUUCACGCAUGCGCUGAGAAAAACAAUCACGUGAAUCAACAGAUUUCACAAUUGAUCGAAUCAAUCCAGAAUCAAAUGUCAGAUGCAAUACCCUGUGAACCAACGUUUUAUAUUCCGUCACAAUUAUAUAGAGCAGUACAAGCAUGGAGACAGAUUCAAUGUCGACGGCGCUUGUUCUUCGAAGAGUGUGUUCAAUCCUGCAAUCUACUUACACUGCAGCGAUUGAUGACAGAUCAAUUUCUCAAUGUGAUGCAUCUAUUCCAGCAAAAUCCUCAUUCUUUUCAGGAACAGAUUCUUCUCGAGUUAUUUCAACAUUCAUUGCUGAUUGUCAUACAGCCAUGUGGAACGGAUUGUAUAGCAGCAACUAAAUACGAAAAAGAAGCGAAUAAUUUUGUUGUAAAAUUAAAGACAAGGAUCCUCUGUCUUUUGGACCCCAUUCGCACACAAGAGUACUUGACCCUAUCAAAUACAGAGAUGACACUUCAAAGAGAAGAAGAUGAAGCCGACGGCGAUUUACAAGCGGCUCUCAUGUAUAAAACGCGAACAAUCAUGACAAACGAAAAUACCGAGCGAAUAUUUGGUUAUUACGAGCUGAAGGAGAGCGAGUGUUUAAAAUUAACAAAAUUGAAUGACAAUGGCAAACCCUCGUUUAACAAAAUGCUGUGCAAACUUAGGUUUCAAACGGUAUUUCGGGUGAAGAUGAACGAAAAUUUCUAUGAAUACCCUGUUAUCUAUACUUCGAAACUCUUCGGACUAUGUUCUCACGCGAAAUAUUAUCCGAAAUAUUUAGCGAAAGUGUUUUUAAAUGAAGUCGAAGAAAUGCAUCGACAUACAAGUCAUACGUUUCAUGUCAACAUUUUAAAAGAAUAUAUCGCAAAAUUUUAUAAACGUGUCACUGGAGUGAACAUCAAACUACAUACACUAUCGUUUCUAGUCGAACAAAUGCAGAGAUUUUAUGAAUUGUGCGAGAAAAAUGCAGCGUCUCCAACGACUCCUGUUCUAAUCUUUUCGUUGAACAUCUACGAAGAUCUUAUGGCAAAUCUAUUCAGUCAAAUUCGUUUCUUAGAUAAUCAACCAUGUCUAGCGUUAAUGUAUCAUGACAAUCUUUGUCGCGGAAUAACGAGUGAAAUCUACGAUAAAGAACUGGAAAAGAUGGCAUCAACUUCGACGAAAAUACUAAUACGUUUCGAGAAUUUUACUUUACAAGAUCCCAAAAACUAUCCAGACUUCAUUGUGGUGAAAUUCGAUGACGCCCUGUCGACAUCACGUAUCAGCUUUGAAUACCUACUCAAUGAUAUUUGUCGAUAUUGUAAUGAAAUAACCGAUAAUUCCCUACAAAUCUUCGCUGAGGAUCAACUUCUUCCUUUCUCGACGUUUAAUUUAUACUAUGAUAGUGGAUUGAGUCGUAGUCAUUUGAUGCAACCAAAUAACAAUAGUAUUUUUCAUUCAGUGAAUAUCCUCACGCCAAAUACUGUAUCAGGCCAAUCUCCGAUAUCUGACGAGCAGAAUGCAUCACCGAUAUGUUACUUUACGGGAGAGUUUAGCGGAAAUCUUACUUCGGUGACACAAGCAAUGACUGAUCUGAAAAAAUACGUCACUGAUCUAUGUGAAAAGUAUCAACUCAGCGGUACCAUUGCUCCCAGCGCAAUCAAACCAUAUACAGAUGAACUUGAUAUUUUGAGUAAUAGUUUAUUUCAUUCCGUUGAUGAUAUUGGACUUUUCGGCGAGUACGAUUGUUCAGAUCAUCUAUAA